UCACUGUUGAACCGCUGCCAGCAUACAUGUGCCAUGUCGCUGCUUUGCAAAAGAUGUAUUAUUGUCCCAGGGAAUGGAUGCACGAAUGCAAAGAAAAGUAACUGGUAUGGCCGUGCGCAAGAAGAACUUACGAAGACUGGACUGUUCAAGGAAGUGAUCGUUGAGAACAUGCCAGAUCCACAUGUAGCUCGUGAAAGUGUUUGGCUUCCGUUUCUGCAGAAGCUUGGUGCAGAUGAAGACGCUGUGCUGAUUGGACACUCCAGUGGCGCAGAAGCAACGAUGCGUCUCCUGGAAAAGCAAAAGCUUCGGGGAGCUGUGUUGGUUUCAGCUUGCCACACUGAUUUGGGAGAUGAGAAUGAGAGGGCAUCGGGAUACUACGAUCGCCCUUGGGAAUGGACAGCCAUCGCUGAGAAUGCAGGCUUUAUCCUGCAGUGGCAUUCUACUGACGAUCCCUUUAUCCCGAUCUCAGAGGCCCGACAUGUGGCCGAGAGCUUGGGAGAAAAAUGUGAAUACAUUGAACACGAGAAAUCUUCGCACUUCUUCAAGUGGGAUGUCUUUGGAAACGAACUCCUGGAGAAACUGAUGAUGAAACUACAACCCGCCGAGUCUGUGGAGGCUUUGGUUGUGGAGGCCGAUGCUGGGACAAGCUCGAGUUGCUCGGCAUCUUUCUAACAGCUUGAGUCUCUCGGGCAAGGGGGGUUAAACACCAUCCAAGAAAAGACUGCCUCGACAAGGACGAUUUAGCUUCAUGCUUCUUUCAAGUUGUGUGGGACUGCAGGUACUCCAGUGGAAGACACUUGGCUCACCGAAAGCGACAUGAGUCAUUCAGUCCACACACACACACAGUAAGCGGGUUCUUAGUAGUAGCAAAGGGUAAGAUGUAUAAAGUAUAUACACAGCAAAGUCAUAGACCCAACUUGCAAAAGGCAUUAUCUUCACAAGAUUCUCACAAGGCAAGUGUGCCGACAAAGCCCCAAAGCAACUCUCUUCAAAAUUCUUGGAACUGCC